AUGACAGAAACCCACGAAACAACGCUCGGGAUCUUUCGUCUGACAACACCUUCCAAACGCGUAGCUCAAGCCCUCGGUAUCAAAAAGAAGCACAGCAGCCUGAACGACGGGGAUUCACUUCGUAGUUCUUCCAGUAUCUCUCUUGACCAGCAAUCCAUCCGCUCUCACCAAAGUCAAUCCAACGUAUCCUCUACGCUUGUCAGUACCUUAGAGGAAGCUUUCUUUGAUAACAAAUCUCGCUCGUCGCUUGGAGCUGCCUCUCAGUACGACCACAAAGAUUUUGUUUACGACCGGCCGUUGCCGGACCCACAUGCUUCGUUAAAAACAACGUCGGAUACUUCAGAGUAUUCUGUCAACACUCAAUCCACAGAUGGUAGUUCAUCUUACCAUUCUUUAACUAACAGCGACGGUUUUAUCGCUGUGCCUCAAAACAAAUCAGGCAUGAAAACGCCUACUUUCGAGUACAGUCGCAAGGCUUAUGGAAGAGCGGAAGCCAGAGAGAGACGUAGUACUUCCUACUUUAUUGGAAAGCUUCGGGAAAAACUUCGAAGAAAGGAUGUAUUAGUUUCGUUAAAUGCAUCUCUUCGAACCGAACCUGUUCAUUGGCUAGAUGCCUUUGCCGAACAAGGCGGCCUUGCGUUGCUUCUUCGUCUUCUCAACAGCAUUGGCUAUGGUGAAAAGCGAGUGAAACAUGCCGACAUUGAAAAUGAAGUUGUUAAAUGCUUAUAUUACUCAUUGUCUAGUAUUGUUGCACAGGAACGACUUUUUCAGGUUGUGUAUGAUACUCAAGGUGCAUGCUUGGAAUCUGUUAUAGAGUGUUUAUGCUCCAUCGACUUAAGUGCUCGUCGGUUUGCUGCUCUUUUGCUCGCUUUUUUUUGUGAUGAUAAGAGCGAUCGUAGUCUCCCCUUAGUCUUGGCCUCUUUCCAGGCCAACCAAACUCGGACGCAUUCUAAAAAUAUGUUUGGUCCUUGGAUGGAUGCGUUACACAGUGCAGUCUUCGGAAAAUCCUUUGGACAAGGUACUGAUCCGGGUACGGCCGAUGAAAACCUUUCUUCUUUGACGAAUACUGGUCACCUAGCAGACUAUGUCUGUGCGAAUAUAUACUUGGUGAAUUUAAUCUGCGGACAUACUCAGGCUGCUGACAAACAAAUGAGUUUAAUUUUAGAAUUCCUUAAAGCGAACAUUUAUGGAUUGCUUGCUCAACUCGGAACAUGGCAUAAUAGAAAAAUUGAUGAACAGGUAAGCAUGUUUCAUUCAAUUACCUCCGCAUUUAAGGAAACAUAUGUUCGUGCUGAUGAUGAUGCCGUCUCAACGAAAGAUUCUAUACUUUUAGAACCCAGUCACUCUUUGCCCUCCAUACCAAAUGAACAUUCUCAUAAUGAACAAGAAGAUGAUGUCGUGGAAAAGUCUGUUUCCCUUUAUCGGAAAUUUCUUCAGAAACUUAGACAUGAAGAACUACAGACGGAGUUCAAUAGCAUACUCCAACACCUGAGUGAUGAAGAUGACCUAAGUAAAAUCUCAACUAGUUUGGAUCUUUUGCUCUUUACACUUUCUUCAGUGAAGCAAUUUCGUGCCCCACGAACGGAUAAUGAACGCGGUCUUGUUGUACUUGCACAAAGAUUGCUUGAUCGCAUGAGUUCUGAGUCUCAAAUGGAACAGGUCACUGCUGAACUUAAAAGUGUGAAAGCUGAAAACGAGCUGUUAAUUUCAGAGAAACAGACACUCUUACAACAAAUUGCUAAAGGAUCCAAUAAUGCAACACGGUCUUUACGGGAACAAGUUGACCAACUUCGUAAGGAGCUUGACAAAAGAGAUUGUGUUAUUGCGCAUUUAGAGCGCAUAGCAAAGGAUAAGAGUACUUUUAUCGACGAUGUAAAAGCAAGACAGAGCAUUUACAUUCCUCCAAAGGCUGAAGCCCGUAUGAACUUUAAAGAUCUUCGUGGAAAAAUCGCUAGCCAGAUUUCUGAACAAAUUGAAGACCAAGUUUCACUUUUAAGCGUUGGUGCUCUGUCUGCAGUAUAUGAUGAAACCAUCAAAGAGUCUGCGGCAGCUCCCUUAAAACGGUCUUCAUCAGUUGACUCUCUUGAUGCAAUGGAAGAACAGUUUAGUUAUCGUGUUCAACCUAUUUUCCAGCAAUCGACUCAACAAAAAGUCGCUUCGCCAACAGGUAUCAUUGCUCCUUUGGUUAAGAGUGAGGCACUUUCCCCCAAAAAAGUGUCACCUGCCAAAUUGUUUGAACAACCCGGUGCUACAAUUGUCGAAUCUGAAGAACUUGAAUCUAAACCUACGAUUUCUGCUCCUCCUGCUCCGCUUUCUCUUCCUGAUGCUUCUGCUGCUGCUCCAGUUCAUGCACCAGUUCCCUCGACAAGCUCUAUACCUGCACCUCCUGCAUUGCCGGGAACUGUUGGUAGUCCUCCUUCAGCUCCCGUUGCUCCUGCUGCUUCUUCAAUCCCUCCGCCUCCGCCCUUGCCUGGAACAUCUGGUCCUCCUCCUCCCCCCGCCCCUCCAAUUCCCGGUGCAUCCAUCCCUCCUCCUCCCCCUCCAUUGCCAGGUCCUCCUCCUCCUCCGCCCUUGCCUGGUACAUCUGGUCCUCCUCCCCCUCCACCUUUGCCUGGUGUACCCGCUGCUCCAGGUGCUCCAGGUGCUCCUCCUUUACCUCCUGCUCUUCCAAACUUAUUGGGCUCGUCUGUUUCGCCUGGUGCACUUCUUACCAGCGCCCUUGCCAAGUACAGCAACUUUAAAACCUUCCGCGAUGUUUACAAUCCAAGUCGUCGACUUAAACAAGUUCAUUGGGAGAAGGUAUUCCCCAAAAGUGAGAAUACCUUAUGGACUAAGUAUGCCUUGAAUUUUGAUGAAACUGUGAAGACCAUUGAGGAAGCUGGUAUCUUGCGUGACCUUGAGCGACAAUUUGCUGCUGGACAAGUGAAAAUUAAAGUGAAAAAGGAAACGAAAAAGACAUUUUUGAACGCAAGUAUUCAACAAAACAUGGGAGUCGUUUUAAGAGAUUAUGCAUCUAUGUCUCCUGAGGAUGUAGCAAAUCUUUUGUUAUCAACACCGACUACCAAUGAUUCUAUUGUUAAGUUCUUUGCUACAUCAGGUCUUACUAAUGAUGAAGGUCUUCGUAAAUCUCUGCUUCCAUAUUCCCAAAAGUGUAAGAAGAAGGAGGAAGCAAAGAAUAUAAAAGAGCUGUCCCGAAACGAACAGAUCUUUGUCCUGUUUGUUCUUGAGAUAUGGCCAUAUUUUCAAGUCCGUAUGGAUGCAUUAUAUUUUAAGUCUUCAUUCCAAGAAAACCUCGAGCUCGCAACUACGGCAAACAAGGUUGUUUAUGAAACUGCGUCUCUUUUGAUGGAGGAUAAACAGUUAGCAUAUUUUAUGCAGGUACUUCUUCACAUUGGUAACUUUCUCAAUGACGCACCUCGUCGUGCUAUUGGUUUUUCCAUCGAUUCACUUGGACGUUUUGACGCACUGAAGGAUUCUGAGGCAAAGCUGAACCUGAUGCACUAUUUCGAACGUGUUGUUCGCUACUACUUCCCAAGUCUCCAAGAUUGCUUCCCUUGUUUUGAGGCGGUUGCGGUUGCAGCAGGCUACAAAAUCGAGAGUGCCGAACACAGCGUAACUGAAUUGUAUGAAAACUUCAAGACAAUUGCCAAGCAAGUGGAAUCAGGAGCGCUCUCGGAUCCUGAUAAGUUACACCCCAAGGACAAGGUACGCGACGAGCUGAUGGAGUGGAUUCCAGAGUCUAAGGAAAAGCUGAAAGAGCUACUUGCUCUUCAGAAGAAAGCUAAGAAGGCACUGACGGAGUUGGUAUCUUAUUUCUGCGAUGAAGACAAAUUUGAAGUAUCUAGAAAGACUCUAUUCGAAAAGCUAAAUGCUUUCUUCCAACUUUAUAAGCGUGCACGGGAGCAGAAUCUUGCCCGCGAAGCGAUUGAGAAAGAAAAUGCCAGACGAAAAGAAAAGGUGCGCGUUGUUAAAGUGAAACGGCCUCCUCCUCGAAAGGAGCCAACGUUGAUUGACAUUCUUUUUGAUAAUCUCAAGGCCGGCAACUUUAAACUACGAACAACACCUCGAGGCAGUAGCCUUCGGGCUAAUGAAGAUCAAACGACUGACGGCCUUUCACGAGAGGAACGUGUAUUACAAAGUCCGCUUAUUCAUACACAUCCUAGUGAGGGAGUGAAUCCUGUUCUUCGAGCCCAACGUCUUCUUCAAGAUUUGAGAAUCUCAUCGGUUUCUUCAGAAACUGACCUCUCUUCUGACCAGACCAAAGAAGACCAAACAAGCGAUAAUCGCGCAGAUCAUGAGGCUGCCCUCUACUCAGAAUUACAGUUAGCUGCGCCUAAAACAAGACAUCGUUCUCAAUCACGGGCUGCUUUUACUCAGCCUUCGAAGGCACGGGAUAUGCUAUUAAUGCUCGAAAAAGAUAAACUUACUUAG